AUGGAGUCGUUGGGGAGGUCAUCUGAUGCUAAUAUCCCCUCUCACAGUGCAGCUUUGGAAGGAUUGCCAAAGCAGUUUGUGGAGGGGUUGAGGACUCUUUUUGAUAUUAUGGAUGACAAGAAAUCAGGCUUCAUCAGCUUCCAUGAAAUUGAGCAGCGUUGGAAAGAAGAAGAUCCGCAUGGUUUGCCCAAAGGAGUCUUGGAUUCUCUAAGGAAAGUAACUCCAUCAAGUGGCCUUUUGAGCUUUGAGAGAUUUUGUGCUGGGCUGAAAAUAUGUCUCUUGAGGAACAGGGCAGAUUCAUCCAAUGGUGCCACAAGACGUCUCAAAACUGCUUCUGUGCAGCCUAUCCGUCCCCCCUCGGCUCCCAUUUUAGAUUUGGAUGCUAAUGGGCAUUCCAAGAAGCCAGGAAUGAUAGCAACAGUAAGACCAACUAUGGAUACUGCACUGAACACUAGUGCCCAGAACAUGAGGUCAGCCAUGAGCAUGCCACAGCUUCACAGUGAAUCAGGGACCAGUGGUGAACUUGAAGAUGUUGAAGAUAGCAUAUCUUCUCAGACAAAGGAGACAGAUGGUCACAUGAACACAAAAAGACCAGAUGUAUCAUGGCAGAAACAAUUUCCAGUUCCUCUCCUAGGCCCUCCCAAGCCACCCAGAAUGGGCCUGUCAGAGCAGCACCAACAGAAUAAGGGUGAAAUCCGUGCAGUUCUCUAUAAUUGGCAUCAGAAUCUUCUCCACAGUGAUAGUGAAAGUGCAAAAUCAGGCAGUGAUUUUGAACUAAGUGCCAUUGGUGAUCCCCAGAGAAGAAUUGGAAAGAACAUGGAUUUCCAUUCUGCACGACAGCAGAGUGCAUCAUUGCCAUUUCUGUUUCCCCCCUCUACUACUGUGCAAGCCUCAGUGACAGCUGCCUAUUCUCUGUCUACUCUUUUGACCACAGCAUCAACACAUAAUCAAAGGAAGAGCAGUGCAAGACGACGGGAACCUCGGCGACACACACUCACCAGUGGCAUUGAUUACACCAUGUUGAAACGUCUGAAGCAAGUGGAGCAGGAGAGAGAUAUGUUAGUGCAAGGGUUGCAGGUUGUAGAUCGAGCAAGAGAAUGGUAUCAGAAGCAAAUAUCUGCAGUAGAAGACAAAAUGAGGGAUAUUGGACAAAUUGGAUGGCUUCCUGAAUAUUCUAGUGAAGCCUACCAGGAACGGCUGAAUUUCCAGUAUGCAAGGAUUUCAGAAGUGAAUCAGCAUCUUGAGGCACUGAUUGAGAGUUCAGAGAGGGGUUUCCCUCUUCAUAUGAAUCUGGCUUUCAGACUUCCUCCACAAGGAGUCAAAAUGGGUACAAAAAUGGCCACUUCAAAGGAUGCUAACAACAACCGGACCGUUCUCAGACUCCGAGAUCAGAACCGACAACUUACUGAGGAGGUUGGCAAAAAGUCUGAGCGCAUAACUAUGCUGGAGAAGGAGAAAGCUGCUCUACUCAGGGAGGUGUUCCAGGUGGGAAAGUGGAUAGGAGAAAAUCCAUCCUUGCUAAGGACCAAAGAGACACUUUUGCGAAAGUGCCUCUUCCUCAUUGGCGAUGAACAUCUGUCAGUUGGGAAAGCUGCCAUGGAUAUGGCUUUGAAGUUGGCUAGCUCACUCCCAGGGAUGCAGAUUCUCCAGUCUGAGCCAGCUGUUCUGACCAUGAAGGAAGUUAUGGAGAAGAAUGACUCUGUUCGUUAUAGGGUUUAUGAGGUUGUAGUGAAAGCAAGUUCAAUUUCUCAAGAAGCACUUGAUGGGUUUGUUGAGAGGAAUUUCUUGCCACGUCUCAUUGAUGAGGUUCAGAAACAAGACAUUUUGGUUCAGUUGAAUGCCAUAGAAAUGCUCACUGAACUGGCACUCACUCCUCAUGGUCUCCAUUAUUUAGAAGACAGAAAUGUCCUCAAGGAUCUUGAGAAAAUACUAAACACAUCAGAUGGAGAUCCACUCAGGAGUUUUCUUGUCCCAGGUGCAGUCAAGUUCUUCGGGAAUGUGGCUCGUCUCAAGCCUGAAAAAAUCUUGGACCAUUAUCCACAAUUUAUUGCCAAUAUAAAUUCCUUUGUGAGGAGUGAUGACCUUGGUCUUAAGCAUGUGGCUGUGGACACCUUUGGAUUUGUGGGAUCCACACUCAAGGGAAAACUGGCUUUACAAAGAAUAGACAUGAAACAACUUCUGCAGGACCUGAGUCAUUUGGCUGAAGAAGCAAGCACAGAGACAAGGACUAGAGCUAUGAACACCAUUGCUUCUCUCCUUUCUCUUAAUGUUGAAAAUUCAAAUAAUGAGUUAGAGAACCUCACUGAAUCAUGGUUUAGGCAUCUCUCCAAGGAUCCAAUGCAAUUCUGUCUGUCCCUCUGCAAGCAACCAUUCACUGACAUUCGUACUGCUGCUCUCAAGAUUCUGCAGGUCAUAGCUUCACAGCAUUGGGGUCAAGUAUACAUAAAAAAUACACCAGGAUGCUUGGAGUAUAUACUAGACCGAUGCACAGAACAUGAGAAAGCAGGAAAGGAAGGAAAAUAUGAAGUUGUGUCAUCAAUUGUCUCCAGCCCUACUGCCCUUACUGUGUUUGGAACAGAAAUGUUGUUGCCUCUUCGCAAGUACGAGAGAGAAGGGCCCUUCUUUGUUGCACCUGAUGUCAACAUAGCUUUUGAAGGUGAUGGAAGUUGAAGCAAGAAUGAAAGAAAUGAUGUUAAUGCCAUGAAAUGUGGUUUAAUUCUUCAAUAAAAAAAGAACCAAGAAUUUAAA